CUGGAGACAGCAAGAAUGGACCUGUUCAGAAGGAUGUGGGCAGCGAGGAAGCUGCUUCUUGUGGUCAUGAUCCCACUGUCCCUACUGCCACUGCCUCUCAUCCAUCCAAGCAGUGAGUCCUCCUGUGCCUAUGUGCUGAUUGUGACCGCAGUGUACUGGGUAUCAGAGGCAGUGCCCUUGGGGGCUGCAGCGUUGGUGCCAGCAUUCUUAUACCCACUCUUUGGGGUUCUUAAAUCAAGUGAGGUAGCCUCAGAGUACUUUAAGGACACGACGCUCCUGCUGAUGGGCGUUAUCUGCCUCGCUGCUUCUAUAGAAAAAUGGAACCUGCACAAGCGCAUUGCCCUGCGCAUGGUUAUGAUAGCAGGAGCCAAACCUGGAAUGCUGGUGUUAGGAUUCAUGUGCUGCACCGUUUUCCUGUCAAUGUGGCUGAGUAACACCUCCACUACAGCCAUGGUGAUGCCUAUUGCUGAAGCCGUACUGCAGCAGCUCAUCUACACUGGCAUUGCCGAUUCUCACGAUGACUCCGAUACUGUGGAGACACAGGAGGAUGAAAACGAUAAAGAGAGGAACCGGAGAAAGAACCACCUUGAGCUUUCAGACUGCAAAAACAGUUGUGAAAAACUAGAGCUUUGCACAGUUGCUGAGGAAGCUAAUGGUGUUGCAUUGAAGCCAGUUCAGGGAACACACUUUCCAAAGCAGACUAAUGGAUAUCUCCCUGAGGUUUCAAUUGAUGUUCCUGUGCCAAAGAAACCCAAAAUCCGGAGGGAUUCCAUGUACCCAACCAAGAGGGACCACAUGAUCUGCAAGUGUCUGUCUCUGAGCAUCACAUAUGCAGCUACCAUUGGCGGCCUCAUCACAAUCACUGGUACCUCCACCAAUCUCAUCUUUGCAGAGCAGUUCAACAAUCGAUACCCAGAUGCCAAGGUCAUCAAUUUCGGAACAUGGUUCAUCUUCAGCCUGCCUAUUGCUCUCAUUAUGUUGGUGUUAACUUGGCUCUGGCUCCACUUCUUGUUCCUUGGAUGCAAUUUCAGGGAAACUUGUUCUUGGAGUAAGAAACGCAAAACCAAGCGGGAGAUUCUCUCUGAGAAACGCAUCCAUGAAGAGUACCAGAAGCUUGGUACCAUAAGUUAUCCAGAAGUUGUGACGGGAGUCUUCUUCAUUCUGAUGACCUUGCUGUGGUUCACAAGAGAACCAGGAUUUGUCCCUGGCUGGACGUUCCUGUUUGAGGAGAAAGGCUACAGGACUGAUGCCACAGUCUCUGUACUGCUUGGCUUCCUCCUCUUUCUCAUCCCUGCACGCAAGCCCUGGCCAUCUUCAUCUUUGAGCAGAAGUACAGACAAGGAGGAUGAAGAGGAAGACCCCUUGGCACCUAUGAUCACAUGGAAAGACUUCUUGAGACUGAUGCCAUGGGAAAUUGUGAUUCUGGUAGGAGCAGGGUAUGCACUGGCUGCAGGGUGUAAGGUGUCGGGUUUGUCUAUGUGGAUUGGGCGUCAACUAGAGCCGAUGAGCGGCCUGCCACCGUGGGCCGUCACUCUGCUCGCUUGCUUGCUCGUGUCUGCUGUCACUGAAUUUGCCAGCAACCCUGCCACUCUCACGGUGUUCCUGCCCAUCCUUUCUGCUUUGUCAGAGACUCUGCAGAUAAACCCCCUGCACACUCUCAUCCCAGCCACUAUGUGUGUCUCCUUUGGAGUCAUGCUGCCUGUAGGAAACCCACCAAAUGCCAUUGUGUUCAGUUAUGGACAUGUGAAAAUCAGCGAUAUGGUUAAAGCUGGUUUCGGGGUGAAUCUGAUUGGAGUUCUGGUGGUCAUGCUGGCUAUAAGCACAUGGGGCGUCCCGCUUUUCCAGCUGUCCAAGUUCCCUGCCUGGGCAGUAAUGAGAAAUGUAACAGACAGCUUAUAG